GUAAUAGCCUCACAUAUAAUUAUUAUCUGUGCCUACAUUCAUUUCGUUCUUUUUGUUGAGUUCAUUCAUAUUUCAGAUCAAAUGUAAUAGUUCUGCGUAGUUAAAUGUAAAUAAUGAAACUCAGGGGUAGCCUUUAGUCGACCAUCUGGAAGCGGCGUCUGUUUGUGGCUCACACAUGUUAGUUAGCUUGUUAGCACUGCUGCAGAACAGUUGGCCAUUUCCUUGGCUUCACUUUUCCUAAAUAAGAACGGUAUCUAUUUAGCAAAAUCACCACGGGUCGACUUCAUAUUUCUACGUUGUCUUUACACAAUUGGGGGCCCGCCCCCUUUUUGUUUUAAUCAACACCCACAAGAGUAGUUGUUGAUCACAGAAUCAUGAAGGCACAUAAACCCACACAGGUGAAGGGCCAUGCUAAAUCUCAGAAGUGGAAGGAUGUGAGGGGCAAACGGAGCCGGCCCCCCAUCACUUCCUCUGAGCUCAACUCCAGUCCUGUCGUGGCCAAAAUGGCGGUGGUGCACAAAGCGUCUCAGAAGAAAAAGCCCUCCGUCAAGAGAUUAAAGAAUAAAGCAAAGCCUGUCUCUGGCGCCAAGACAAACACCCCUCAGUCUGUAGUUCAGAAACCUCCCACACAGGCUAAUGGAAGCUUAGUGUUUAAAAUGGACAAUGAUUCAAAUGACUCCAUGGAAUGGAAGAAGUACUCCCAGUCUAUUCAUGGGAAUGGUGUUAAGACCUCAGGUAAAAUAGAAAAUAUAAUCCCAGUUAGACUGGAGGGAGGGUCUCUCCAUAACUGUGCAGAGAGAGAUGAUCGACGAAACCACGCAGUGCUCGUCAUGCAGAAGAAUCAGACCCUGUGUUUCCGUGGGAAGUGCCACCUGACCUGUCUGUACGGCCGGGUGGAGGUGAUGGGGUUCACCAUUGAAGAAGGCCAGCAGUCAUAUCCUCUCUUCUCCCCAGCAUCACAUUGUCCUCUGACCAUUAGAGCACUGGAAAACUCUGAUCAGACCAGAGAUGACAAAACCGAGGCUUCACCCAUCCUCAAAAAUUACCUGACAUCAGCAUCACGGAAGAAAUUGCUAAAAAAUGUUACAACAAACUCCUCCAUCAUCCUGCUGGAGCCCAUGGAGACGCCUCUGACGCGGUUCCUGUCGAGCUUCUCAGAUCUCAGUGAACUGUUCAGCCCCCCAGUGAGUGAACUCAUGUCCGCUGUUCUUGACACUCCACUCAAUGGUCUGGGGAUGAUUCCUUUGGUGGGAGCCAUCGAGGGCCUGAAAAUGUCAAAGAGCUACAGAGAGGCUCUCAACAUGGUGGUCGGUGCCUGCAGAGGUAAGCUCCUCUUAGAUAUGCCACGAAAGGUUAUUGAACACUGA